AUGGAGUCCGACUCUGCGCCGCUCAGCUGGGCGUGGGAUCGGAGACGGCGGCGCAGCAUCUUCGGUUUUAACGUUGCGAGUGAUUGCCUAGGUGGUCUCGCCUUGCUUAUUGGUAUACCUGUACUUGUUGCAGUGCACCUUGCAACUGUUGUGCUGACGCCACACUCCACUGCAUCUCAAGAAUGUAAGACGCUUCGGCUGAAGGUAUUCGUGGAGCUGCUUCUCUGCCUCAGCGCCGAGGUGCUGCUUUUUCUUCUUCUCGUCGCCGAUCCCGGGUUUGUGGACGCACCCACUGACCUCAGCUGCUGCUGCCGUCAUUGCGGCAUGGAAGUAGAGGACUUUGACCACCACUGUAGUGCUGUGGGGGCGUGCAUUGGGAAGGGCAACAUGUGCUACUUUAUUCUAUUUCUGCUGUUCGCAGCGCUUCUGUGUGUUCUUGCGGCAGUGCAAAAUGCCGUCUUUGCCUAUGGUGCGGUACGCGCUUAUAGGCGUGACACAGCCCCCUCAUGGACAUCCAGAGCAGCUCUUAUAGACGCUGGCUUAACGGCGCUACGUUCACCAAGGACCCUAUGCUUUCUUGUGCUGAGCGUGGUGGCUGUGGACGGGAGUGUGGUGUGCACAUUUCUCUGUCUCCGGUACACCUAUCUUGCUUACUGGGGGCUCAGCUCCGUGCGGCGGCGCGGACUGGUUGGCAUUCCAGGCUCCCUCUCCGAAGUUUUUGCGCACACCCUGCGCCCUGCCUUCUCGCACAACUUCACAUUUCCGCGAGACUACGCGUUGGCAGAUCUCUCUGAGUGA